AAAACACUCUAAACUUUGGAACGAUGGAUGCUUCCCAAUUGCCUUCUUCAGUUUCCGCCCCUCAGGAAGCUUCACAUUAUGAUGAGCUCUCCAUGAAACAGAGUUUCAACUUUUCAGAUAGCCUGAAGGACUUGAAGCAUCUUAGAAAGCAGUUAUACUCGGCAGCUGAUUAUUUUGAAUUGUCUUACAACAGACACGAUCGGAAACAAAUAGUGGUGAACACAUUGAAGGAUUAUGUGACGAGAGCUUUCAUAAACACUGUGGAUCACUUGGGCUUCAUGACUUAUAAAGUCAACUGUCUCUUGGAUGACAAGAUUGAGGAGGCAUCUGCAAUUGAGCUCAGAUUCUCUUGUGUUCGACAGAGACUACGAAUGUGUGAGAUGUUCAUAGACCAUGGAGGCCUUUCUCAGCAGUCACUAGCAAUAAGAACUCCGAAGCACCACAUACAAUAUAUCUUACCAGGCACGCUUCCAUUGACAAGAUUUGUCGUUGGUUAAUUAAGACCAAAAGUUUGCAGUUGGCUUAUGCUUAAGAAAUUUCUUUCAGUUUCAAAAUCUAAAGAUGGUGGAGAUAGCAAGAAUCUGCGAUACCGCAAGAUAAAUGUAGUAAAUGGCGAAAUGCCUGCAGGUAAUGUAUGACUCUUUUUCUAGUCUAGCUGCCACUAUGCACAUCGCACGGAACAAGAUUGGACUACUAGAUAUUAAGAGUUCACGAGUCACAGAAUGAUAUCAAAUGCUACUAUUGACGUACUCAUAGCUUUUUUUCUUUCCGAAGACAUACAUUCAAGAAAUAUAGAGACUCCUGCAUCAUUUGCCAGGAGACUACGUUCGGCAACACAAUUUCCACAAUCCUCCCCAGCCGGCACCUUUAAAUUCACAAAUACUUCAUCCAACAAAAAAGCAGAAAAACGUGCCUCCCCAUUUCAAUUUCAACUCACACGUACGAGUUCUCUUGUCGAUAGAACUGCAUCUCCAGACCCUUCUAAUCCCAUAAGACAAUACCCAUCCAAACCCCGAAGAUCCACUUCAAUGUCUACUCAUGUUGAGAGGAACAGAAGAUCUGGUAUUGAGCUGCGUUCCAGCAAAAACAAACAUCUCUUCAAGGCCUUGCUUAGCAUGCGGAAGUCGAGAAAGGACAGCAAGUCGUAUAAGUUCUUGGAUGAGAACUAAGAACAGGGAUAAAGGAAACUGGAUAGACCCAUAUCUUAGUUUCUUUGCAUCAUAAGUGUACCUUGAUAUGUUGAAGAUCACUGGGAAUACAUUGAUUUUGUCGUCUAUCUAAAAACAUUUCGGAUCAGAGAGCUGCAAAUGAAACUUGGUGGUGACACGUCUCUGCAAGAUGUUUUUUCUGCCCUCUCCCCCUCUCAAUAUUAAGGUGAAGAUCACUAAUUCUGGUUAUAGCCAUCUGGAUAUCUUUCUUUUCUUUUCUUUUCCUUAACGAGGAAUGUUAGUGAGCGGAAACAAGGCUUGGGAUUGUGUUGUAGAUAAAAAGGGAAAAGAGCAGGUAAUGUCAGCUUCAUAUUCGUUGCCUACGCUUUUUACUCUCCUGUUGAGAAUUUUUCUCUUGUUCUUUUUGGACUUGCGGU